AUUAAAUUUAGUUACAAUAUUUCGUGAGUUAAAAAGUGUAAAGUGCAAAAAUUAGAAGAACAAAAUCCCUGCAAUUUCCAGAAUGGCUAACCACGUUCCUAUAUCACGGAGGGCCGCCGGCCACGGGCAAACCCAUCCCAAGAGGAUGUACAAGAAACCUACGGUCAGGGUCGUCGUGCAGCCAGUCGACUCUCACAGGUUCCGUUAUAAGUCAGAAGGUCGGUGGGCUGGUUCGAUUCCCGGAGUAAACAAAGAGGGAAACAAAGAGGGAUUCCCGACCAUAGAGAUCAGCGGUUGCCCUGAGGGCAAGGCAGUCAUUGUGGUUUCCUGCGUCACGAAGGACUCACCUUACAAGACACACCCGCACGGCGUAGUCGCUAGAGAAUUGUACAUGUCCGACGAGGAAGUAAAGAAGGGCGCGUGUAAGGUGGUAGUAGAACUGACCGGCGAAAGCACUAAGGUCCCCUUCACUAACAUCGGCAUCCACAGCUGCAAACACAAUGAAGUUAAGGAGGUCCUCGAGACGCGGCGCAAGCUCGGCGUCGACCCUUUUAACAGUGGUUUCGAUUACGGCAAGGACCUGAAGAAUAUCGAUUUAAACGCGCUGCGGCUGUGCUUCCAAGUGUUUAUAAAGGACGAGAAGAAUCGCAUUCGACUGACGCUGCCGCCCGUCGUCACCAGUGUCAUCCACGACAAGAAGACGCAGGGCGAACUGCACAUAUCGCGGCUCUCGCAUGACGCCGUUCCCGCUUCCGGCGGCACCUUUGUAAUACUCCUUUGCAAGAAGGUGAAGCCAUCUGAUACGACGGUAGUGUUCGUUGAGCGGCGCGGGGACAAGGACUGGGAGAUGCCAGCGAGCAACAUCAGCGUGCACCAGAAUGUCGCCUUCUGCUUUAACACGCCGCCCUACCACGACACUGACAUCACAACAAACGCCACGGUGUAUGUGCAGCUCAAAAGGCUGUCUGACAACGCUCGCAGUGAUCCGAUAGAGAUCCAGUACACGCCAGCACCUAAAGAUGAAACAAAAGUUAUUCAGAAGAAACCGUUGUUACGCUGGCUUCAGAAUGAAGAUUUACCAAUGGAAUCCGAGAUGUCGUGCGAACAAGUUAACUAUAUUCCCGCACAAACUCCACUCGUACAAGAACCAUCUCCUGUGGAACAGAAGCCUUUCCAACCGUGGCCGACGGACUUGCCGCCCAUGCUGGGCCCGAGCCCUCACCAGCAGUACCCUGUUCAGGAUAUGUCCUGGAUGGACAGGAGCUACGUCCAGCUCGACCAGCACUUGCAGCUGCCUGCCGUGGGAAUAGACUACUCUGUGACGUCACAGGGGCAGACCUUCCUGGCGAGGAACACAAACCCAUUUGCGUGUCACUUUCAGCCAUAUGUCUACGGUACGGAUAAUAGAUCAGAAUGUAAUUCCGUUUCACCUCAUUUCGCGCCCUCCCCCGAUUUAAACACGGGGCAAGACGAAGAGAUGAGUUUGGAAAAAUUCUCUGGUCUAUUGGAGGAACAGAUCAGUGAUCAUUUGAACGAACUUUCAUUGAAAGAUUUAGUUGGAGGCGAGUUGCCGAAGAUUUAGUGCAGUAUUAUUGUUCAUUGGACAGAAAGAAACACCACCGAAAAGCCGAAUACAUUAUUGCUAAAAUAGAAUAAUUUAACCAUGGGUACACACACACAGAAAUAUAUGAAUCUAUUUUAUAAAUGUACAGUGGAAGAGCCCGCUAGAACAUCUUCGCACUGCAGGGUCGGCUCGCACCCAGCAAGACCACGACUACACAGAAGACAGGCGUGAAGUGGGAACAAUCCCGCAUUUUGUCUGAUGAGUGUGGUACCGGAAGCCCAUCUUUAGUCCUUUUUCUUUCCCAACAUUCUUCUUAUAAGAAAAGAUAACGCAUAGGAAGGGAAAACAUCCUCUUUAUUUGCGUCUC